AGCAGAUGGUUAACAGCUGAGUUUUCCUUGCGUGACGUUUCGUGCUCGAUUAUGUAAAAUUUUGUAUAAUAACGGAAAACAUCGAGUUGAAGAAUGGAAGACGAGAUUGACAUUUACGCAGAUUUGCCUAGUUUUAACUUAGGUGAUAACGAAAACCCCACAGAAGCGAAUAAGGAGAUUUCAGAGAAAUGCGCUACACUAGAAAAGCAAGUUGCCGAUUUAACUCAGAGUCUAGAGUCUCUUCGAAAAGUAAACAAAACUUUGGAGGUUAACAUCUCAUCGUUACUUCAGACAGCGAGAGCAGAGAUCGCCAGAAAGGAUAGAAUGAUUUCUGAAAUCAGACAGGAGUUGGACUAUAUACGGUUUCGACGAGGCGAAUAUAGCAGACCUACGAUACAGGAUCACCAGAGUCUUUCGAGAAGACGAAAAAGAGAAAAAAGUUCUGAAGAAGAAAAAUAUGUCCAAGUCCAAGAAGUAACGGAAACAAUUGACCCGACCAAUGUGGCUGAAGUUACAAGUAUUGAUCUUCCAUCAAAUGGCAACGAUGACAGUGGCGACAGUUUCAAUAAGACACAGCAAAUUGAUGGCAUUAGCACGGUAUUUGGUAGGCGACUACACAAGAAAAUUUUGGAAUCCCAACAGGAAGAACGAAAACGUAAAGUUCAGUCAACAUCGAAAGGAGAAGAAAAUCAGUAUAAAAAUUUUAACAGUGACGACCAGACCAGCCAGAAAAAAUCACAAUCCAAACCAGACAGCCUUAAACUAUAUUCUAAAACUGAUAAAUUAAUAGCUCCUUUACCGAAUAAGGGAACAAUCUCCGAUUCAACUAAUAAUUCUGGUGUUGACAAUCAUCGUGACAGAAAACGUUGCUUAGAAGGUCAGUUUGAUGGAAAUAAUCAAAAAAGAUUGAAAACUAGCGAGACUAGGAGCAACUAUGGCGACAGCAGUCGUCAUGGUCAUAGAAUAGUUCGUUCUGCACCAAAAAAUCAGGUGAAAAACAAAACCGAUGACAGACGAUUGGAAGAAACUAAUACAGCAAAGGAUCCUCUUAAUCAGUAUCGCGUUGUAGACGAGUAUUCUGCACCUGUCGAGGAUGGCUCAGUUAGUGAUGAUGAAAGUGUAGAUAGACACAAUAGAGUUGCAAUAAGAUUAAUGCUCUUGUCAGAAGGCAUCGAUCCUGACCUAGAAGAGAACCAUUGCACUGAAAGUGAUGCAAAUAAAAUGAAUGAAAAGAAAAAUGAGGCGACUAGUCGAAGUAGGUCUAAAAGCAAAGACUGUGAUAGACGUAAUUCAAAAACAAGGCGCCAUAAUUAUAUAUCUCGGAGUAGAUCGCCAGAUGAGUAUUACAAAGGUAGAAGACAGAGUAGGCACCGAGAUCAAAGGCAGAAAAGGAACAGCAGAGACAGGUUUGAGAGACGAAAUGAAGUGAAGAACAAGGAUGGUGAUAAUCUCAGCGAAUUCAGCAGAGAAAUUCAUGAUUUAAGGGAAACAAUUGAGCAUCGGAUCGAUGAGCGAUCUGGUGAUCGUGGUGAUAGGGGUAGAAGCUUCAAUAAAAAUAAGCGAAACGAUGAAAGAGUGUAUAAAAAUUGCAGAUCUAGAACUCCGAACAGUAGCAGAAGCUGUAGUAAAGAGAGAACGGUACAUCAAUUCCGAGGUGAUAGGCAUUCCAGAAGAUCAAGGUCGCGAGAAAGGUAUAAAAGUCGACACAGAAAGGAACGAUACCCCAACGUUGACAACCUUUCUAAUAAAACUUCUAGUGUCAAGUCUAAACUGUCAAUAACAGAAAGAUCAGAAAGCAUUGAAGUUGAGACCUCGAAGAGGCAAAGUAAUCCAGAAACAAAAAGUUUAGUCUCAUUGGAGGAAGGCGAAAUUGUUGACAGUGUAGAAUGUAGUCCUGUAAAGCUGACUAAUCCAACUCGCAUUUCUACCGAAAAUAUUAAACCUUCCAAGCUCUGUUUAUCAGACUCAAAUGAACUAGAAUCAAAAAUAUUUGAUGUAAAAUCUCCACUACCCUUGAAGGAAAUUGGAAAUACUCAAAACAAUCAUAAGCGAUCGCUGGUCGAAAAUCUAGAAUUAUCUUUUCCAGAGUCGACUCCGCCUGUAGUGACGAAGGACUCUUUGAAUUUAUCCAAAGAUGAGAGAAUUGAAAAUAUUGCAGAAUUCAUUGCUAAUUUUAGUCCAAAUCGGAUUUGCGAUUUGUCAGACAAUAGAACAGGGGAGAGUUCUUCUGAUGGUAAAAUUAUAGAAAUUAACCCUUGUGUGGAAAAAAAAUGUCUCAUAGAGGAAGCCCAGAAUGGUUUGCAUACAGUCCUCCAGUCUUCGUUAAAAGACGGUUCUCCGGUGUUACCGCCAACAGAAGCAGGCGCUGUUAUAGCUGAUGGUAGAAAUAAAGUCAGUGAUAAUAACGGUGGCAAUGAUUGGUGUUUAAUCGCGAUCGACAGUCCGGUGAAGAAUUUUGAAGAAAAUAGAAAAACUCGUAUGAUGGCUGUGAACCUACUGACAACGGUAAAUUUGGAACUGCCAAAUGGUGUCUCGUGUGAUCCAUCGUUGCCAAAAAAUUCUCCAAACACAUCCGAAACUUCUCGUACUGAGGAAUUACAGGAAAAGAUUGUUUCACAAGUUGCAGAGGUCAUUCCUCAAGAGACGGCUACAUCUGCGAUUCGUACAUCCAACAAUAGUAGUCCAAAAUCUAAACCAGCAGGACCAACGACGUUGAGGUCCACUUAUUACAAAUGUGAAAAAAGAGAAAUUAUAUUAUCGGAUACAAAUUCUGAACAUAGUAGACAAACUACGUCGCCUCAGUCAUUGAACCUGAUUGCCGGAUGUCUGGACGAACAUGAAGCAACUCAGCAGAGUGCAAAUGUUGAUACGAGUAAAACUAUAGAUUCCGAACAUAUGAGCGAAUGCAAAACAUCUCAGAGUCUCAUUCCAAUGCAAAUUGACGAGGGUAGUACAAGUGGAGAGAAUCAAGGUUUGAAAGACCUCUGUGGUGAUGAAGAUAAAGUCAAAAACGUUGACAACGAUAAGCCAAUUGAGACAGAUACUACACCAGCCAUGACUAGCCUCAAAAAAGUCAUACCUCCAAGCGUUGAUCAAAUUGUUAAUGAUACCAACAAGAAGAGUGAAAAAUCUAAGGCCAGCAAUAACAGUAAGUCGUGCAAAGAAACAGCUACGAAAAACAAUGGCAAUGUGAAGCCUGAACGUCGAAACAGCGCAGCUAAGGAAUCUAAAAGCAAACAGACAAUAUCCUGCAAAGCAGACGUACCUAAAAGUAUUAGCUCGAAAAAUAAAUCGGGAAAUAAAGUGGCCAAAACUGAUGAAAUUGAGAAAUCAAAUUGUAAGGAAGGUCAAGAAAAUGGUAGUGAACCAGCAAAGCUUGUGCCAAAGUCAAAAAUUGAGGGAACUAAUGCUAAGGUGAAGAAAGAACCCCCAAAAUUAAUCAUUUAUACCAGACGAAGAAGACCAGUUCAUCUGGAAGAUUGUUCAAUGUCGUUAAGUAUUCUUGGAAACUCAGACUUAGUGGCUGAUACAACGAGCAAAGUCCGAAAAAGUAUAACUAACGAAGUAGAACAUUCAGCUCCUUCAGACACGAAUAAGGUGGUAUUAAGCGAGACAAAGGCGGAUGAUGAAUCGGCGAUUGAUCGAAAAUCCGAAUUAAAUAGUGACAAGUGUAACGAAACUUUAGAGACUAAAGAAGAUCGUGAAGCUUCAUUUGACUGACAGUGUCUUACAAGAUGUUGGGGAAUAGAUGCAACCCCUUCUGAUUGAUGUAUUGUUUACGUUCAUCAUUUAUUUUGUGGAGUUAUCGUAAACGGUUAAACAAAUUACAUUUUCGCAAUCGUACUGUUAGAAAUGUUGUUUGUAUUUUGGUUGGACACCAGUUUAGCGAUAAUGUUGAUUACGGUUUUUCUAAAUGGUUUUAUUCAGGAAGCAUGACGUCAGAAAAUAUACCUUUCGUUUCAAACAAACUUGUAAUUCGUAACCUUUGAUAAUAAAAGGUUGUUGUAUACUGUUUUGUACAUACUUAUUGUAAAUAACGCGUUCUUCGCUAGUUUUAUAUUGUACUAGUGUAAAUUG